AAAGCCAGCCGCAUAAAUAUGAAUACCAGUACCCAGGCCAUCGAUGAUUUGAGUAUUGUUGAAACCGACAAUAUCGAAAGCAUAAGUGUCGUUAUAGCCAAUCAUGCUGAAGAAGAAGCAUGCGACAAAAAGCAAAUACUUGCUGUCGGGUCACAUGAGUAUACAAUCAAAACUCCUCCAUCAAUUCCUGAAGUGCAGCCGCCAGAAGUUUUAAGUCAACGACAGUAUGCCCUACAAUAUCCAUUGUACCAGUGUGCCAGAGUUAGAAAUGACUCUGGAUCAGGAUCAGAUUCUGCAAAAGAAGAAGAGCAAUUCACUAUAGAAAGUAAACAGGCAAUAGUGACAACAGACAUGGGUAAAUUGUUUUUGCAACAAAAGGAAAAAUAUGAUGACGUAAAUGUACGUCUGUCAACGUUUAUCAAGAGUUCGAUUGUAUGGCCACAUACGUCACCUUCCGCUGAACAGAUGGCAGCUGCUGGAAUGAUAUUUAAAGGGGCCUUCUUCAUUAAAGAAAACAACAGAACAGUGUAUGACAUGGUGGAGUGCUACAUAUGUGGAGGACGGCUAUAUGAAUUUGCUGAAACCGACAACCCACAGGAGGAACAUAGGAGAUUAUAUCCUUUGUGCUCUUAAGUAUCACAGAAGGGGAAGUUUGCAGUUCAUGAAAGAUCCAACACGAUUCAUAUGAGGUUGUUUCCGGUCAUAACCUACCAUCUG